GGUUGCCCCCCUGCCCCCCCCCAGAACAUGGUGAUGAGUUUUCGAGUCUCCGACCUUCAGAUGCUCCUGGGCUUCGUGGGGCGCAGCAAGAGCGGACUGAAGCAUGAGCUGGUGACGCGGGCCUUGCAGCUGGUCCAGUUCGACUGCAGCCCCGAGCUCUUCAAGAAGAUCAAGGAGCUCUACGAGACACGCUACGCCAAGAAGAACGCCGAGCCGGGCCCGCAGCCCCACCGGCCGCUGGAGCCCCUGGCCAUGCACGCAGCCUACGAGCGGGCUGGCGCACUGCCCCGGCCGCCCCUCACGGGGCCCAGUCUUGACUACCCCGUGCUCUAUGGAAAGUACUUGAACGGACUUGGGCGCUUGCCCGCCAAAACCCUCAAGCCAGAGGUCCGCCUGGUCAAGCUGCCCUUCUUCAACAUGCUGGACGAGCUGCUGAAGCCCACCGAGCUGGGUCCCCACAGAGAGCUCCAGCCCGGGAUCAAGGCUGUGCAGGUGGUUCUGAGAAUCUGCUACUCGGACACCAGCUGCCCUCAGGAGGACCAGUACCCGCCCAACAUCGCCGUCAAGGUCAACCACAGCUACUGCUCUGUUCCCGGCUACUACCCCUCCAACAAGCCGGGCGUCGAGCCCAAGCGGCCCUGCCGGCCCAUCAACCUCACCCACCUCAUGUACCUGUCCUCCGCCACCAACCGCAUCACUGUCACCUGGGGCAACUACGGCAAGAGCUACUCCGUGGCGCUGUACCUGGUGCGGCAGCUGACCUCCUCGGAGCUGCUGCAGAGGUUGAAAACCAUCGGGGUCAAGCACCCAGAGCUGUGCAAGGCAUUGGUCAAAGAGAAGCUGCGCCUGGACCCUGACAGCGAGAUCGCCACCACAGGCGUGCGCGUUUCCCUCAUCUGUCCGCUGGUGAAGAUGCGGCUGUCGGUGCCCUGCCGAGCAGAGACCUGCGCCCACCUGCAGUGCUUCGACGCCGUCUUCUACCUGCAGAUGAACGAAAAGAAGCCCACCUGGAUGUGCCCUGUGUGUGACAAACCUGCUGCCUACGACCAGCUCAUCAUCGACGGGUCCCAGUCAGGGUCCCAUUCACAACUGGGGGUGUCUGAAGGCUGCCAGUCACUGGGUCAGGCUGGGGCCACAGGGCCUGGGCCUGUGCCUGUUGGCAGCUGUGUGCUGCUUGGCCCGUCUGAUGCCAACGGGGUCCUCGCCGCCCCCAACGUCAACGGAGGUGCUGGCCUCAGCAGUGCGGCCAGCGGCCCCAGCGGCGGGGGCGGUGUAGCGGGCGGCGUGGAGAACGGGAAGCCGGGAGCCGACGUGGUGGACCUCACACUGGACAGCUCGUCAUCGUCAGAAGACGAGGAGGAGGAGGAGGAAGACGAGGAGGACGAGGAUGAGGACGGGCCCCGGCCCAAGCGGCGCUGCCCCUUCCCAAAGGGCCUGGUGUCGGCCUGCUGACCGCCGCCUUGGACACACGACUCUCCUGGUGCUGACCACGCGGAGGUGCAGGCGGCCCGGCCCGGGGUCCCGUGUUCUUCCCACUGCCCUUCCUUUGUCGCCCCGCCCUUGCCCCCCCGGCUCCCGGCACCUGUACCUCUGGACACCUAGCGGAGGACUAAGACAGAUAAAUGACGGAAGAAGGAAAAAUAAAUAAAGUACGAACGAAAGAAGAGACCACGAAACAAACCAGAAAUCAGAACUCUUAACAAACAAGGCGAAGCGGCCCUCCAGCUGAAUGCUGCGUGGCCCAAGCCGCUGCCCCCAAACUUGAGCGGAGCGGGCCCUUCCCGAUGUGCUGCCCCGCCCCUGUCUGAGGACCAUUCCAGCGGGUGUGGGGGCGAGGCAGGCGGCAGGCGCCCCUCCCCAGUGACAGCCACGUCCUAGGUUCCUUUUGCUUUUCAGUUGGUUUUUUCCCCCCUUUCUGCAAAUGUGUCCCCGCACCCCAGACCCCCUCGCGACCAGCGAGCUGUUUUAGCCAAGAAGCCAUGGAGGGGGAGGGGGGUUGGGGACGGGUCCAGCCACAGAUGGGUUGUAUUUUUGGAAAGUGCAAUAACUCGGUCUUUGGGAGCCAG